ACGGCCCUACCCCCUCAGCCUUCGAAAGCCCGUCAACUCUUUUAUUCUUGUUAAUUAUUCCUUCUUUUGAUUAAAUCCCAUUUUUCUGUCUCGCCCUUCUUCUACUACUCCAUCACUUCUACUCUUCCAAGCAAGCCCUUUUGGGUCGUCGCCUUGGUCCAUUUAGGGUUUUCCUUCUUAUCUUCAUCCAUUCAUCCAAAUUUUUGUCCUUUGAUCGGUAGAAUAUUCAAUUUAUAUAUUUAAUUCUGAACUUAUUUGUUCAGAGUAGUGAGUAAUUUUUUGAUUGUUAAAGCGAGAUCCAAAAAGAUGAAGGUGAUUGAAGAGGAAAUCUCGUCUUGUUUUGGGAGCGGUAAAAUUUUUCCACCCGGGUUCCGGUUCCACCCCACCGAUGAAGAGCUGGUCCUCUACUAUUUGAAGAAGAAGAUGUGUCGCCGUCGACAUCUGCUCGACGUCAUCGGCGAGACUGAUGUUUACAAGUGGGACCCAGAAGAGCUGCCUGGAUUGUCUAAAUUAAAAACUGGGGACAGGCAGUGGUUUUUCUUCAGUCCCAGAGAUAGGAAGUAUCCCAAUGGAGCGAGGUCCAACAGGGCAACCAGGUAUGGGUACUGGAAAGCAACGGGAAAAGAUCGGAUAAUUGCAUGUAAUGCUCGUGAUGUUGGGGUGAAGAAAACCUUGGUUUACUAUAAAGGUCGUGCACCUUCAGGUGAGCGAACAGACUGGGUGAUGCAUGAAUACACCUUGGACGAAGAAGAGCUAAAAAGAUCUCAGGCUGUGAAGGAUUAUUAUGCACUUUACAAGGUAUAUAAAAAGAGUGGGCCAGGUCCAAAGAAUGGUGAACAAUAUGGUGCACCUUUUAAGGAGGAGGAGUGGGAUGAUGAAGGAGGUGAGACCAAUGGACUUAUUGACCAUAACGACCAGGAGAAUCCUGUGAAGCUGGUUAAUGAAACAGCUCCUGUUAGUGAGAAUGGAAUUGUGUCUCAGCCACAGUCCCAUUUAGAUGAUUUCGAGGAGUUUGUGAAUGGGAUGGCAAACGAGCCUGUAGUUGUUCCAUCUCCUGCAGUGGACUAUGAAUAUUCUUUGGAGGAGCUCUUGUGCGAGGAGGAGGCCCAGAGUAAUCUAGUGGAUCAAUCCUCAUGGGAAGUCAAUUUACAUGAUCAAAGCACAGCUGUUCACCCAGCCUGUCAGGAGUACAAUGUGCAGCCUAGCUUUGACUUGACACAGUCAGGUACAUCUCAAUUACAGUUGCACGAGGCAUCUGAGGUCACAUCUGCUCCACAGAGUUAUGCAUCAGCUCCUCAUGCGGUUGAAGGGGAUUUCCUGGAAGAUUUUCUAGAGAUGGAUGAUCUUCUUGGUCCACAACCAACUGUUCAGGCCUUUGGAAAAUCCGCUGUUGAAAAUCUGCAGUUUGAUGAGUUCGAUGGGUUGAGCGAGCUUGACCUGUAUAAGGAUGCACCCUUGUUUCUUAAUGAGUUUGAAACAGGGGAACAGGGGCAGAUUGCUCAACCUUAUAUGAAUAAUAUGGGCACUGAAGUUGUGGAUCCUGUUUCAAGUUUCUAUUUCAACGAUGGUGGAACGGAAACUAUAAACUGUGAGCAGACUUAUUUAAGCAAUCCAGAGGAGGUGAGUUUUCAACCAUGGUCACAUGAUCAAAGGAGCAGCGUCUUUGCUGCAACAGAUGCUCAUCAGGGGACCAUACAGCCAGCAAUCUCAGGUAUGGUUUAUGAUGGUAACUUUUCCGAUCAUGGUUCUGGAGCUGAUCAAAAUCAGAGUGGCAAACAGGAUGGUACAGACUCUUGGUUUUCUUCUGCUCUCUGGUCUUUUGUGGAGUCUAUACCCACCACUCCUGCUUCAGCUUCAGAAAGUGCGAAUCGGGCCUUUGAGCGAAUGUCUAGCUUUAGUAGGGUAAGAAUAAAUAGUAAAAACAUGAAUGUUGCUGCAGGUAGUAUCUCAGCAACUUCAAGUAGUUCAGUCAAAUGUAAGAGUGGAUUUUUCUUUUUUUCAUUGCUUGGUCUGUUAUGUGCCAUCUUAUGGAUGUUGAUAGGAACAUCUGUAAAAGUCCUGGGAAGAUGCAUAGCCUAGUAAUAAUGUAAAUUGAAGUUUUGCUGGUUUUACUCAAAAGUGUUUUAUACAAGUUGAACAUAGCUUAUGAAUGUUGCAGAAUCUCGUAUCAUAUAAUUCUUAAACCUUGGCAGCCCCUCGUCUGCAGGAAUUCCAAAGAGUAAAAGCCCGAGAAACACAAUACUCAGCAAUUCUGUCUUACUUUAGCAUAGCAUUCUUUCCAUGUGGUAACUAGAAAAUGUUUAGCAUCUGUAAAUGAUGAAUUUGUAUAAUUCCCAUCUCAUUGUAAGGAAUCUGCAUUUCUUCAAAAAAUUGUAGUUUAUCAUUAUAUGAUUGAUCAGUAGGCUAUGAGCGUUCCCAGGAUGAGGGAUUUAUUGUACCAUCCCAACACCUGGACUAGUUGAGUUAAACCAACAGCUUCUGCCAGCAGCAGAGUCCCAAAGUGCUACAAGAAAAAUGGCGAGGAUGUUUGGGCUCAAGGAACUUGGUCUCCUUUGGCAAAAGGAGAUUAGCGAGAGCAGAAAAUGUUUUCGUCUUUCACUUGAUUUGAUUGUUAUUUGGAGAAGUUGUAAAUAGUUUUGCUCCUACGUUUAUUCCCUGUCCAUUCAUUUUGUGUACUAACGUAUCUUCGUCUUUCUAACCUAGAUCAAGCUAUGAAUUGAGGAGGCAAUCAUUUGGUAAAGCUCCAAUCUCCAUUAAAGCUUAUCAGGGUUGUUUGUCUAAUAGUAUAUCCUCAAGCUUUACAUCUCUGAAAUGUUUGCGCAAAAUCUUUGUAUGGUAAAGAAUAAUAUGUUCAGCAACAUUUGCGAAAGAAAGUAAUUUCUUCAGUGAAGUCAUCUAUGAAUUUCUUACAUAAUAUGCACACUGAAAUUUUGUAAGAUGUUGAGUAUAUUUCCGCAUGUAAACUGCUGCAAAAUGGAUAGGGGCAUCAAAAUGGAAGCAUGGGAUUGCAGAGCAAAAUGGUUUAUCUUGUACGGAAUUCUCAGUUUCCUAAUGAUGUAUUUGCAACAGAAGAAAAGGAGAAAAAAAAAAA